GUUUAUUAUUAUGAUUUCCUUCACGCCGCCCAUUCUUUUUUUUUUUGCCUCCGCCGCCCAUUUCUAUUCACUAGCUUGUAUGUGUUAGCUUAGCCGCUUAGCAGCUAACUAGGCGCUCGUGCUGGUAGCGUUUAGCUAGCCUCUGCAAGAUGGCUGCGUACACAUCUUCAUCGCGCUUUUCUUUUUCUCCAAGAGACAUUUAACGUUAACUCAAAAAAAAUGCGGUUUCGCCCACUAUAAGGAUAUUUAAGAAAAAAUGCGCAGGAGCCCACCUGCACGUGACGCUGUGUAUUUCGAGUUACCGUCCUUCAUUUCGCCGGGAAUUCGCGUUUGCUCAGCCGCCGGCGUCCGUCUUAUUUACUUUCUUCUCGUGAUGAAAAGCGUCUUUUGCCGCUAAAAUGGCGGUUCGCGCAGAUUUGAGCGGCUAACAUGCUAACCGGCCGACGUUUUUUCCACGCUCUAUGCUUUUCGAAUUUCGACGCGCGUAAACGCUAAUAUUUCCUAUAACGCAGUCUUUUGGUGCUUUUCGGGGAGCAUUUGGCCUAAAACAAACGCGUGGAAGUCGAGCGUGUUUUGGUGACCUAGUUACGUUAGCUGGAGCGAAGCUAUCUGGUACUAGCGGGCUAAUCCAGUUAGCACAGAGCUUUUAACACACGAAUGCUGUUGGAAUCCGAACUAAAAUCAGCGCUGUGCCUGGGAUUUGUGUCUCGCUAGAGAAGUGGACAUGGCUUCUUCGGGGACCUCAGUUCUGCAGCCGCGCUGGAAGAGGGUUUUGGGCUGGUCUGGCCCGGUUCCUCGCCCGAGACACGGACACCGAGCUGUGGCCAUUAAAGAGCUGAUGGUAGUAUUCGGCGGAGGGAACGAAGGCAUUGUGGAUGAGCUGCACGUCUAUAACACGGCCACCAAUCAGUGGUUUAUUCCUGCUGUCCGGGGUGACAUUCCUCCCGGCUGUGCCGCAUAUGGAUUUGUGUGCGAUGGCACCAGACUCCUUGUGUUCGGGGGCAUGGUUGAGUAUGGAAAGUACAGCAAUGAUCUUUAUGAACUACAGGCCAGUAGAUGGGAGUGGAAACGUUUGAAGCCCAAAGCCCCCAAGAAUGGCCCACCGCCAUGUCCUCGCCUGGGCCACAGCUUUUCCCUGGUUGGAAACAAAUGCUAUUUGUUUGGUGGAUUGGCAAAUGACAGUGAGGAUCCCAAAAACAAUAUUCCCAGAUACCUGAAUGACCUCUACACCCUCGAGCUUCGCCCGGGGUCUAACGUAGCAGGCUGGGACAUCCCCAUUACAUACGGUGUGCUUCCCCCUCCUCGUGAGAGCCACACUGCUGUUGUCUACACAGAGAAAACAUCCAAAAAGUCUCGUCUCAUCAUCUAUGGCGGCAUGAGUGGCUGCCGUCUUGGAGACCUCUGGACUUUAGACAUAGAUACAUUAACCUGGAACAAACCUGCCAUAAGUGGUGCGGCACCUUUGCCCCGCAGUCUCCACUCUGCCACCACUAUAACCAACAAGAUGUUUGUGUUUGGUGGCUGGGUUCCUCUGGUCAUGGAUGAUGUCAAAGUUGCGACACACGAGAAGGAAUGGAAGUGCACUAACACACUGGCCUGCUUAAAUCUAGACUCAAUGUCUUGGGAGACCAUCUUGAUGGACACGCUCGAGGAUAAUAUCCCAAGGGCCAGAGCUGGACACUGCACUGUGGCUAUAAACAAUAGGCUGUACGUCUGGAGUGGAAGAGACGGCUACCGCAAAGCCUGGAACAACCAAGUUUGCUGCAAAGAUCUGUGGUAUUUGGAAACAGAUCGUCCUCAGCCUCCAUCACGUGUGCAGCUGGUCCGUGCCAACACCAACUCUCUGGAGGUGAGCUGGGGGGCAGUGCCUACUGCUGACACUUACCUGCUGCAGCUGCAGAAAUACGACAUCCCUGCUGCAACAGCUGCCACAUCACCAACGGUCAACCCCACCCUGUCUGUACCCGUCAACUCGCCUAAGAGUCCGGUACUCGCUGCUGCCGCUCCUGCAGCUCAGAGCUUGCCCCUGUCUGGGGUCACAAUGGUGCCACGAGUUCCUUCCCCCACCAUCGCCAUGCCAAGCAGCCCGCUUGCAGCCUCACACCGUGGACCAGCUAUUCUUAAAGUGGCAGUGCCUCAUUCUUCCCCUGGGACGUCAGUCGUUACCUUGCGUCAGGCCACUCCAGGAGGAAAAUCCCCAGUCACAGUUACAUCACUUCCUGCAGGUGUCCGCAUGGUUGUCCCUGCACAGAGUACCCAGGGGACGCCAAUUGGCAGCAGCCCUCAGAUGAGUGGCAUGGCUGCUUUGGCUGCAGCUGCAGCUGCCACACAGAAGAUCCCACCCUCUUCCACUGUGCUAAAUGUUCCAGCCGGGGCUACCAUCGUGAAAACCGUCGCUGUGACUCCUGGAUCCACAACUCUGCCAGCUACUGUCAAAGUAGCUUCACCCAUAAUGGUUACUAAUCCUGCGACCCGAAUGCUGAAAACAGCUGCUGCUCAGGUCGGCACUUCCACCAUCUCUUCUCCUAACACUCCGACUCGGCCGAUCAUCACUGUGCACAAAUCAGGCACAGUAACCGUAGCCCAGCAGGCUCAGGUCGUCACCACCAUGGUCGGAGGAGUCACCAAAACUAUAACCCUUGUUAAGAGCCCCAUUACAAUGGGUGGCAGCGGUUCUCUGAUCUCCAGCCUUGGGAAGGUGAUGUCUGUUGUCCAGACCAAACCAAUACAAACCUCUGCAGUCACGGGGCAGGCUGGAAGCAGUCCUGUCACUCUUAUACAACUAAUAGCUCCCAGCUAUAAUCAUCUGCUGGCAUCUGCUUACAAAAAAAAAACAAAGACUCCUCUGCCUGCUGGUACCAUCCUGAAACUGGUUACAUCUGCUGAUGGCAAGCCUACCACAAUCAUUACAACUACACAGGCAGGAGGGACUGGCACCAAACCCACUAUCCUGGGAAUCAGCACAGUCUCUCCAACUACCACCAACAAACCAGGAACCACCAUUAUUAAAACCAUUCCCAUGUCUGCUAUCCAACAAGGAGCAACAGGUCUGACUAGCAGUCCUGGCGUCAAGUCCCCCAUCACAAUUAUCACCACUAAGGUUGUUACUCCUGGCACAGGUGCUCCGGGGAAAUUCAUAACAGCUGUGCCAAAGCUGACAGCAGGUGCAGGACAACAGGGGGUCACACAGGUGGUCCUGAAGGGGGCGCCCGGACAGCCAGGCACUAUCCUGCGCACUGUGCCUAUGAGUGGAGUGCGUCUGGUUUCACCAGGCACUGUCUCUGCUGGAAAACCAACUGUUACCACACUGGUUGUCAAGGGCACCACGGGAGUCACAACUCUGGGUACAGUAACUGGUACUGUAUCGAGUAGCGUGGCAGGGGCCAAUGUGGCAAGUGCUAAUGCCAGCCUGGUGACUCCAGUCACCACACUUGCUUCCAUUGCCACAUUGUCCAGCCAGGUGAUCAAUCCCACAGCUAUCACUGUAUCUGCUGCCCAGACCAACCUCGCCACCGCUACAAUACAAUCGGCAGCCCAACCUACUCAAGUAACCCUGAUCACGACUCCAAGUGGUGCUGAGGCUCAGCCUGCACAGGAUCUUCCUGUCUCCAUCAUGGCCUCUCCCACCUCAGAGCAGCCCUCCACCACUGGUGCUGAUGCUGGUGACGGUGCUGGCGAAGGUGCUACCACCGUGACGCUGGUCUGUUCCAACCCUCCAUGUGAGACCCAUGAGACUGGAACGACCAACACGGCUACAACGGCUUCCGCCAAAAUGGGCACCGAAAAGAUUUGUUCCAACCCUCCCUGUGAGACCCAUGAGACUGGAACGACCAAUACGGCUACAACGGCUUCUGCCAAAAUUGGCACCAAACAGAUUUGUUCCAACCCUCCCUGUGAGAUGCACGUGACGGGCACCACCAACACUGCAACCACCGCCUCUGUGAACAUGGGCAGGUCACAGCAGGUCUGCACCAACCCACCCUCAGAGACCCAUGAUACGGGCACCACCAACACAGCCACCACUGCCAGCUGCAACAUGGGAUCUAAAGAGAUGGAAACCGUGAACAGCAAGACAACAUCUUCGGCAGCUACAUCUUCAGCUUCUGGUUCAGAACCAGCAACACCCGUCUCAGAGAGCAGUGCUGGACCAGGCACCAUGCGGCCGAAGAAUCUCCGCACAGGUACCACCAACACCUCCACUACUGCCCGCUCCAACAUGGGCUCCGACCUUACGGGAACAGUGCAGAGCUCCAACAAAAGCCAAGCCGCCAUCUCCUCUACGCUGAUGCCUCUUUGCUCCAGCCCUCUCAGUGAAACGAGCGAGACGAGCACCACAAACACUUCAACUGUGUCCAGUGGCGUCCAGCAGGUCUGCUCAAAUUCUCCCUGUGAAACACACGAGACAGGCACGACCAAUACGGCUACGCAGUUAAGCUCCAGUAUGGACAGUGGGCAAACCAACAUUGUGCAGAGGGUGUGUUCCAAUCCGCCCUGUGAAACUCAUGAAACGGGCACAACAAACACGCCGACCCAGGCCUCGUCUUCUAUUGGUGCUGGACAGAACGGCACAGUUCAGAGGGUGUGUUCCAAUCCGCCCUGUGAAACUCAUGAAACAGGCACCACAAACACGCCGACCCAGGCCUCGUCUUCUAUUGGUGCUGGACAGAACGGCACAGUUCAGAGGGUAUGUUCCAAUCCACCCUGUGAAACUCAUGAGACCGGCACCACCAACACGCCGACCCAGGCCUCGUCUUCUAUUGGUGCUGGACAGAACGGCACAGUUCAGAGGGUGUGUUCCAAUCCACCCUGUGAAACUCAUGAGACCGGCACAACCAACACAGCCACCACAGCUACAAGCAGCUUAGAAACUGGAGAAGGAACAGCCCAGCAGGCCGGUGAUGGGCAGAGUGACAGUGGCACCAGCUCAGAACCCACAUCAUCUACAGAACCAGCCAAUCCCACAACACAAAGCAGAGCCAUCACCACAGUAACACAGGCCACGCCCACUCCAGGACCAUCAGUACCGGAGAUUUCGUCCAUGGCUGGAUCUGUGGUAGUGGCUGAGGUCCCGGGAGAGGCGGAGGCCAUGGAGCAGACCAGCACUGAGGCCGGAGCAGCGGGAGAAGAGCCCAUGCAGACUGAGUGUCAGGGAGAGCUGGGUGAAGAGGGAGCUGUCAGGGUCGUUGCCAUAGAUGAAAGUGCAGGGGGAGAGGAGGGCACCAUGCUACAGGUUCAUUUCGCCAUGGAAGCACAGCCAGGUCAAAGGGAUCAGGCUGAGCAGAUGGAGGCCGGUGUGGAGGGCGCAGAAGCAAUGAGUCUCGCAGCUCAAGACUCCGAAGCCCUCGCUUUGCCCCAGGAGCUGAUGUCUGCAGAAGGACAGCAAACCACCCUCAUGGUGACUGGACUGACCCCAGAGGAGCUGGCUGUGACCGCAGCGGCAGAGGCUGCAGCACAGGCUGCGGCUACAGAAGAAGCACAGGCCCUCGCCAUCCAGGCUGUCCUACAGGCGGCUCAGCAGGCUGUGCUCAGUGCGGGAGACGCAGGUCAAGACGGGCAGCAAUCCACCACCAUCCCUAUAAUUUUGACCCAGCAGGAACUCGCUGCUCUGGUUCAGCAACAGCAGCAGCUCCAGGAGGCGCAGGCGGCCGCAGCCCAGCAGUUAAGUGCUGAAGCAGCCGCAGCUGCUCUGCCCACUGAAGGCUUGGCACCAGCAGACAGCCUCAAUGACCCAGCAUCUGAGAGCAAUGGCCACGAGAUGGGAGCCGUGGCCCGUCUCCUUCCACGUACUUCUGCAGAGACUCUAGCCCCAUUAAGUACUUUUGCACCAUCUCAGCCAAUGGUGGUCGCCAGUCCUGCCAAGAUGCAAGCUGCUACUGCUUUAGCUGAGGUGGCCAAUGGGAUUGAAUCAGCAGCUGGGAAGCAAGAAGCUCCUCCAGCCAUUGUUAAGCCACCAGUGAAGAAAGAGAAUCAGUGGUUUGACGUUGGAAUCGUUAAGGUUACAAACAUGGUUGUCACGCACUAUUAUGUGCCAGCAGAUGAUUCAGUGGUUACUGAUGAUGAUUCUGGCGCAAUCCCAGACUACAGCCGAAUGAAGAAGAUUGAGCUUUCUCCAGGCACUGCAUAUAAGUUUCGCGUGGCUGGUAUCAACGCAUGCGGCCGUGGGACUUUCUCUGAGGUUUCUGCGUUCAAGACCUGCUUACCUGGCUUCCCUGGAGCACCUUGUGCCAUCAAAAUCAGCAAGAGCCCCGAUGGUGCUCACCUGACCUGGGAGCCUCCUUCAGUUACGUCAGGGAAGAUCAUUGAGUAUUCGGUUUAUCUGGCCAUCCAGAGCUCACAAACAGUCGAGGCUAAAGCGUCCACUCCGGCUCAGCUUGCCUUUAUGCGGGUAUACUGUGGGCCCAACCCGUCCUGCCUAGUGCAGUCAUCUAGUCUCUCCAAUGCCCACAUCGACUACACCACUAAACCCGCCAUCAUCUUCCGCAUCGCUGCCCGCAACGAGAAAGGAUACGGCCCCGCAACACAAGUCAGGUGGCUACAAGAAACCAGUAAAGAUGGCUCUGCGGCCAAACCUGGUGCAAAAAGGCCGGUCUCGUCCCCUGAUAUGUGAGAAAGGCGCUGGUCCAAAGAAGGCCAGACCUGACCAGUGAGAGCUCGCAUGACCCCUGACCCCGCCCUGUUUAUGAGCUGAACCAUGACUGAACUCCACCUCCUGCUGAAAGACCUUCCUGCUUCCACUUCUCACCCCAUUCCAUCAUAUGAAACAAAAUGGAAGGAAACUGCAGCCAAAAAUAGGAAAACGUUAAAAAAAAAAAAAGGAAAACCUUUGUUUCCAUUUUUGGGAAAUCCGCUCCCAUCACUGGACAUUUUGGUGCCAUGGACGCCUUAUUACUUAUUAUUAUUACUCCUCAGAAGCACAUGCAUUUGCUUUUCCAGACAAUUUUGUGUAAAGAGAUUCCAACAACAGCGUUCAGUCUAGUUAUAACUGUGUUAUCAGAUACUUUAUUCUUUGUUUUCCUCCCUUGAUAUUCAUUUAUUUUUAAGCUUAUCUCAAUACAAGCAAUAGAUAACAGAAAAAUAACUUUGCUCUCUUGUCAGUUUGUUGAUGUUUUCAUUAUUUGGGCAAAUCUAUAUUUCAACCACGUGCUGAAAGGAGACGGAGAUACGGAGGAGAGAGUGUGGACAGCGAAACGAAGCAGGGAAAUGCAUCGAAAUAAAAUGAAAACGAACAGCACUUAGUGAUGCUUCUGAGGGAAAAGACUCAUUCUUCAUUCGGAGAAUCUGUAAUUAUUCAUUCACUUCGAGUUCAGUAGCCUGUUUUGCAUCACUGUGUGUUCAUACAUUUGCUGUGAGGGACAAUUUGUGGACCGCAACGCUGAAGACGAAAAGGACUUCAAUCCAUGUAGGUGGAA